AAGUUGAUUACAAGCCCCCACAAAUGGAACCAUACUUCUGGCGUUCAAUAUCAAAACAACAAAAAGAAUUUGACAAAAUCAUUAGAAAUAUGUUUUACCAAAUCUCAGCAGUAUUACGUCCAAUCGACAAUAUUGAAAAAGUCUUAUAUGAGUCAAAACCUAAUGAUGAUGAUCACGAAGCUACACAAGGGUUUAAGAUGCUACGAAAAUCAACUCAAAAUGCCAGAGAACUCUUACGUGAUACAUUAUCAUAUGCUAAUAAUCUACGAAAAGAAUUUGCACUUAAAGCAAUUUCUUCUAAUCAUGUCCUGACCAAAGACAGAAGAGAUGUAUUUGGUGACAAAUUCAAGGAUUUUGUAGAAAAAGAAAACAUCAAAUCCAAACUAUUUAAUAAUGCUAAUAGAGAAAAACGCAGAUCUUACUUCUCUAAUCAAUCAUACCAGCAACCACAAACAAGAUGA